AUGACAUUUGGGACUGCUCAGACCACUUGUGUUUAUGAAGUCUCGGAGAACUCGAAUGGCCAAAUCGACCUAGUCCAUUCCAAGGACAACGGUGCUGAACACGAACCUACGAAGCGAGAACAAUGGAAACGACGUUUUGACUUCUUGCUCGCCUGUGUGGGCAUGUCGGUGGGGCUGGGCAACGUUUGGAGAUUUCCAUAUUUGUGCUACAAAAAUGGUGGA